GACUCUGACAGUCAGACUCUCUCCCCCAGUUCCUCCUAUACCUUCUGUGCUGAGACAUAGUAAUCUAUGUAAUCCUUAGCUAGAGCUGCAUAUACCACCACAAACGCAUUGCACCCCUAUUAAGCCAAGGCACCCCCCAAUUACUGACUUACUACCCUCUCUGUCGGGGCAUCUUCAGCAUAGGGGGCACUCAGACUACACAAGGAAAACAAGGACUCGUGUGGUUUCCUUAUCAGUUCCCUAAGAGGCUUCAGGAGGAGCAACAACAUUGUAUGAUUUUUUUAUUUUCUUUCUAUUCUGGCUAUUUGGGGAUAGUAACAAAAAAAAAAGGAAAGAAUCAAAUGAGGGAAACGGUGGAGGAAACCUUGAACUAAAUGACAGGAUACAAGACAUUGGGAGCGCUUGGAAACAUCUCUUCCUUUACUUGUGGGACUCAGAUGUGUUGGCUUUCCUGGAGUUAAGUUGCUGGAUAUAGGAAUUAUCCUGUUUUCAUUUUUUUGUGUGAUUGAUAUUACUUGUAUUGCUGCUACCACCCAAGGAUGCAUCUCAAUCUGGUUUUAUUUUCCUGGAUCUUCACAAUCCACCUCUCCAGGGCUUCAAGGAACGAUAAAUGUGGUGAUACCAUAAAGAUCACAAAUCCUAAUUACCUUACUUCCCCUGGAUAUCCACAAUCAUACUUUCCUUCUCAGAAAUGUGAAUGGCUAAUACAAGCACCAGAAAAUUAUCAGAGAAUUAUGAUUAACUUCAACCCUCACUUUGACUUGGAAGACAGAGAGUGCAAAUAUGACUAUGUGGAAGUCUUUGAUGGUGCUGAUACCAAUGGACGACUAAUAGGAAAAUACUGUGGGAAGAUUGCUCCUUCACCUCUCGUCUCUACGGGUCCCUCUUUGUUUAUCAGAUUUGUCUCAGAUUAUGAAACGCAUGGAGCUGGAUUUUCCAUCCGAUAUGAAGUUUUUAAAACAGGUCCAGAAUGCUCCCGAAACUUUACAUCAUCAAAUGGAGUUAUUAAAUCCCCUGGAUUUCCGGAAAAAUACCCCAACGCUUUGGAAUGUACAUAUAUUAUCUUUGCUCCUAAAAUGGCAGAGAUCAUAAUGGAAUUUGAAAGCUUUGAACUUGAACCAGAUACAAAUGCACCAGGUGGAGUGUUCUGCCGAUAUGACCGAUUGGAAAUUUGGGAUGGUUUUCCUGGAGUUGGACCCCACAUUGGACGUUAUUGUGGACAGAACACACCAGGACGAAUUCGUUCAUCCACUGGAAUCUUGUCAAUGGUCUUUCAUACAGACAGUGCAAUAGCAAAGGAAGGCUUCUCAGCAAACUUCACUGUGUUACAAACCAACUACGAUAAAGAUUUUCAAUGCAAGGAACCCCUUGGCAUGGAAUCAGGGGAAAUUCACUCAGAUCAAAUAAUAGUUUCCUCCCAGUACAGUACUAGCUGGGCCGCAGAGAGAUCUCGACUUAAUUAUGUGGAGAAUGGCUGGACUCCAGGGGAAGAUUCAUCAAAAGAGUGGAUACAGGUGGAUCUCGGUCUUCUCCGCUUUGUCUCUGGAAUUGGAACCCAAGGAGCCGUUUCUAAAGAAACAAAGAAAAAAUACUAUGUCAAAACAUACAAAGUUGACAUAAGUUCCAAUGGGGAAGAUUGGAUUACCCUAAAGGAUGGGAAUAAACCUCUGGUGUUUCAAGGAAACAGCAAUCCCACUGAUGUGGUUUUUAGAGCUUUUCCUAAACCCGUCCUCACGCGCUUUGUUAAAAUCCGUCCUCUCUCUUGGGAAUCUGGAAUUUCACUUCGAUUUGAAGUUUAUGGCUGUAAAAUAACAGAUUACCAAUGUUCUGGAAUGCUGGGUAUGGUUUCAGGUCUUAUAUCAGACUCCCAAAUUACAGCUUCAAGCCAAGUAGAUCGUAACUGGGUUCCUGAGAAUGCGCGUCUUGUCACAAGCCGCUCUGGUUGGGCUUUGCCUCCUACAAACAUACACUCAAACUCUAAAGAAUGGCUUCAGAUUGACCUUGGAGAAGAGAAGGUUGUUACUGGUAUCAUCAUCCAGGGCGGGAAGCAUAAAGAUAAUAAAGUGUUCAUGAGAAAGUUCAAGAUUGGAUACAGCAAUAAUGGCACUGAAUGGAAAACUAUUAUGGAUUCCAGCAGAAACAAGCCCAAGUUGUUUGAAGGAAACACAAACUAUGAUACUCCUGAGCUCAGAACAUUUGGGAACGUAUCAACACGGUUUAUUCGAGUAAUUCCCGAAAGAGCUUCAGCGUCUGGUCUGGGCUUACGUCUGGAGCUUCUGGGAUGUGAAAUGGAAGCACCGACCUACAUGCCCACUACCCCUGAAGUCAAUGCAGUGGAUGAAUGUGAUGAUGACCAGGCAAACUGCCACAGUGGAACCGGUGAUGACGUCAAGGUGCCAGCUAGCACCACAGUACAAAGUGCAGAGCCUACCACCAUCGAAGACAUUGAUGAGCAAACAGAUAUGUUAAACGGUGAUCUAGACUGUUCCUUCGGCUGGGGAUCACAAAAGACAUUGUGUAGAUGGGAGCAUGACUUUACCUCAAGCCUCAAGUGGGCCGUACUAAACAGCAAAACCGGACCUGUCCGAGACCACACAGGAGAUGGCAAUUUCAUAUAUUCUGUAGCUGAUGAAAGUCACAGAGGUAAAACAGCACGAUUGUUGAGUCCAGUUUUCUCCUCCUAUAAAUCUGAACUCUGUUUGACCUUCUGGUACCACAUGUCUGGACACCAUGUUGGUUCGUUGUCUAUCAAAUUGAAAGAUGAAGGGAAUGAAGAUUCCGAGGAGAACUUAUGGUCAAUGGAUGGAUAUCAGGGAGACCAAUGGAAAGAAGCCAGAGUUCUCCUCAAGAAAUCACUAAUGCCUAAUCAGGUGGUUGUGGAGGGUACCGUUGGCAAAGGAAGUACUGGUGGAAUUGCUGUGGAUGAUAUAAUUAUAUCAAACCAAAUUGAAGAUUGUACAGAUCCAGAAGCUACAGAUUCUAAUAACAGAAAGCCAUCUGACAGCACAGUAGUUACACCUAUCUAUGAGGACAAUGAUAAAAACAUAUCCAAGAAGCCAGGGAAUGUGCUGAAGACAUUGGAUCCAAUUCUAAUCACCAUAAUAGCGAUGAGUGCUUUGGGAGUAUUAAUAGGCGCCAUCUGCGGAGUGGUUCUUUAUUGCGCAGGCUGGCACAACGGAAUGUCAGAAAGGAACUUGUCUGCUCUUGAAAAUUACAAUUUUGAACUUGUGGAUGGAGUAAAGUUGAAAAAGGACAAACUAAACACACAAAAUUCUUAUUCAGAGGCAUGAAGCUAUAAGUGGGGGAAAAAAUGACAAAUAACUUCAAAGAAGAGAAUUUAAGAUAAUCGCAUCAGAGGACCGAUUAACUUUUACUGUUCUGGCGAAAAAGUGCGUUGGACGUGAAGCCAAGAUUUUCUCAGGAGCUUCAGUACAUUUACCUGAUAAUUAUGAAAACAUACAAUCUGAAUCAUGUACAGUUGGCUUUUCUGUUAGGUUUGUUUUGGAACAAUCAAAUGCUGGUUUUGAGACCAAUUUUGAUCGAUUUAUGGUUUGUAUUUUCUGUUCUGUUUCGUUCUGAUUUCCUACUAUGGAUAUUUCUUUGAUGUGAGCAAAAUCCAAGAUGCUGUAUAGUGACUGGGGUUCUUUAAAUAGACAUUCGGCCUGUUAGGUCAGUCCCCACCAACUAUAGGACUUGCAGCACCGAUAUUUCUCAUGUUUGUGCAUAUUUGUUUGUGCUCUGUAUAAAGCAACAAAAUGUAAGUCCUACAAGUGAAUCACAAAAUGUGUCAAGCAUUUUAAAAGCAAAGCUAUACAUUAUUGUUGCUUUUCAGUGUUGUUCUAAAGCAAAGUGCUUACAACGUCUAUACAGUUCAUGCACCGUCAUCAAAUGCAACUUGCAAUAGAGGGUUCUACUACCCUUAAGGAAACGUUAUCGGCACUGGCUAGUGGAUGUCCUCUUAAGUGCCUUUUUGUGUUUGUAUUGGUUUUGACUGUGUCCUCACUUAUUACAACAUUUUUACCUAGCCCUUGUCUCUAACUGUGCUAGAGUGGCUACGUUCUGUUUUGCUAUAGCCCCUAGGAGUCAAGGGCUAAUCUAAUUUGUCAACUUGAACAAUUUUUAUUUGUGAACAUUUCUUGUCAGUCCAUGAUUUUAUUGUAAAAAGCUGCAAUAUCUCAUUUUUUUUUCUUUUUGUUUCUCUCUAGAAUGUAUUUAAUGAUUUAUACUGUGUAAAGUAUUUGCCAUGCCAUAUUCAAAGAGAAAGAAAGCAACAAUGUUGCUGAGAGAGACAGAGGAACUUACUGGACAUUAUGUUUGAAAGCAAAUAAGGGAACAUUACCCUACAAAGUCUAACUUUGGUUUUCUAAUGGGAUGUCAAAAGUUUCAGUAUCAUUUUACCAUAUGCCAUAAAUGCAAAAAAAAAAUAAACAAAAUGAGUCCAAUUACAUAAUUACAAUUUAAACAAUUGGGACUAAAUCAGUUGUAUUUUACACAUAUCUUGCUUUUUAGAUUGAAACACUGUGAUUUAGUAUAUGUACAUAUAUACAUACACACACACACACACAUAUAUAUAUAUAUAUAUAUAUAUAUAUAUAUAUCUCAAGUGCAUUCAUUAAGUUGGGUAUUUCUAUAGGACCCUACCAAAUUUCUGCCUUACGUUAUAGUAAUAUGGCAUAAUUUGAGGAGAGGAUGAAAUAAGAAAUUUAAAUAUAUUAAAAAUAGUUUGUGUUAUAUUGACAUGUUUAAUACCUAGCAAUAUUGUGAUCAAUUUAUUCACAGCUAAUAUUCAUUUAUUUUAAAAUUAUUUAUUAUUGUUAUUAUUGUGUAUUUUUGUGUAUUUCACUUGUCGUUGUAACUAUAGGUUGUGGGUUAUCCUGCAUAAACUCGGUUUUGCUCCUGGAUAGUACAGAUGUUCUGUAAAGAAUACCCUGAAAUGUGCUAAUUAUGUAACAAUCUCUUGACAACAAAUAGAGUAGAAUUUUCCUCCGCAAUAGAGAAGUGAAUAAGGAUCUAAAGCGAUUAUGUAAAUUUGUUACUUAAAACAUGUUGGUAAAAAAAUUAUAGGAAAGACGGUGGAGGCAUGAGAAAGAAAGGGUUAAUUAGGCUGUUGUUUUUUUUCGUGUUGGAAUCAGUUUCAUACAAUAACAUUAAUAGGGCAAAAUACUUCUUGUAUUUCCUUCUACACAACCCCAAAUAUUGAUAUAUUGUACAUUAAUUUAGACACUCUUUCAUGAAGAUACAAUGUGACCUUCAACCUGUUUUCGGUCGCAGUUUGCUGGAGUAAGAUAUAAGUUUGACUUUUGUAUGAAAAGUGGUUUUAAUAUUUAUUUAUUUUAUUACAAGUUUUUACAAUGAAAAAAAUAGAAUACAAUGUCCUACAAGGAUAUAGCUGGUGAAUUGGGCCAUAUUGUCUAUUAGUAUUCAGUGUAUCAUGGGCAUCAUGUUGUUAUGUUCAUAGUUAAACACCUUCACAUGUGCAUGCACAUUUGUACAUUCAAGUAACUAAAAACACUGAUGAGAAACUCAGAACUCUCCACCGUGUUAAUUUGAAUGCUAAAGGGACAGAAAAACCCACAAAAAUAUUUCAUGAUUUGGAUAGAACAUACAAAUCAACAACUUUCCAAUUUACUUAUAUUAUCAAAUUUGCUGCAUUAUCUUGUUAUCCUUUGCUGAAGGAACAGCAUUGCAUACUGGCAGCUUGCUGAAAACAUCUAGUCAGCCAAUCACAAGAGACAAAUGUGUGCAGGCACCAAUCAGCAGCUAGCUCCCACUAGUGUAGGAUAUGUGCGCAUUCUUUUUCAACAAGGGAUACCAAGAGAACAAAGCACAUUUAAAUAUAGAAGUGAAUUUAAAAGUUUCCUAAAAUGACAUGCUCUAUCUGAAACAUACAAGUUAAUUUUGACAUUCCUAUUCCUUUAAACUAGCUCUUUUUGUGGUAGAUUUGAUAAAAGAGGAGUUUUGUCCCCAAUGAAAGUAACUUCUCAUGUAGCUAUCCUUUGUGAAUUAUUAUACUCAGUUAUGUUUCACCUGUUUCUGCCCAUGACCCACAUGGCCCCACCCCUCCCAUCACAGCCCCCCCCCCCCCCCACAAAACACUUAUGGGCCUCCAGGAAGUGCUACCCCUCUAUAUGUCCUUCCUGGAGACACCACUAAUUAUACUGAGAAGUAUAAGGCAUAUUCCCUAUUAUAGAAAACACUCAGGAAAUGAUCAAUAGAGUGAACGCUCAAAGCUUAGUUACUAUAAUUUGUCACUUAGUUUGCCAGUUUAGUAGAUACCACCUGGAAGCAAAACCAGCAAAUCAGUUCAUUAGAGCAAUAUCUUAAAAAAUGCAUUGUAUGCCCCCAGAUCAGCAAGUCUUAUAAAAGGACAUUAAACACCUCUCGCUUAAGUGUCAAAAUUGUACUUGCCUCAUGCUCUCUAGAGUCCAACUAGCAGGUCAUGUACCUCUGUUUUGGUUUUUGUUUUUUUCCCCCUAAAUGAAGCAAAUUGACUAAACCAGCUAACGAUUUGCAUCCUUUAGAGGAAAACUUAAAACCUAAGAAACAGAAUUUGCUUUUUGUGUAGAACAAUCUGGCCAUAAAAUUCAAAAUUUCUUUUCAGAAUUUGAAGAAUUUUGGCUACAUUCUCUCAAGCCUCAUCAAAUCCUUUGUUAGUCUACGGAGCCCAUUCACUAAGAAACGGAGUGACUUGUCACCCUUAGUAGGCUAGGUUCUCAUGCUCAUAACUAAAACCACCUAUUAGCAAAUUUAAAACUUCACAUACUUAUUAACAGGCAAUUUGAUUACAUUUCUGGGCAUUUGUAUCAUGCAUUCUUCUCCUAACCAAACCUCAUUUGUCUUAAUUUGCAUUUAUGUAUCUGCUAACAGUUAGGAAUAAAAGCAAACAAAUCCUUAAAUAUUUAAUCUUGAAAAAAAUAUAUAAAUAUUUGCAUGAAUUAAGGCAAGUAUGGGCAAAAUGAUACUGCAUCUUUAAACAGGAGAGAAAGGAAUCUUGCACUGAAAACUCUUAUUUAAAAUUAUAUGUUGAUAAAGUUAUUAACCUCUUCUCUGCCAGGAGGAUCAGGCAUGAAACACAUGUCUGUUCCCUUAUGGCACUGACGAAGGUUCAUUUGUAAAGACAGUGUUACAAAUGUUUCAUUUAUAUUGUUUUAGAUUGUUUCAUAAUUUUUAAAAAUGUAAAAUAACAUAUUUUUUUCUUUAUUGAAAACUAUAAAAUUUUUCUGUAGUAAAAUGAUUUCAUUUUACUGGUAUAUUAUUGCUUCAUGUUUUGUACCAUCAUGAAAUUUUGUGCAAAUUUUUUUACAGAAAUUUUUAUUUUCUAUGACAAUAUGACACUUGUAAAUUGUUGUUUCGGAAUGAACAGCGAAGCCUUAACUUUGAAUGACAUUUGUAUUCUCGGACAUUAAAAUUGCAUACAAAUCACAUAAAACUGAACUGUAAUUUAAAUCCCAAACUAUGACUACUACAUUCCAAAGAAACAGUUGAAAUAAACAUUUUCAUAAAAUA